ACGUUUGCUUGGAUAGGAGUUAACCUGUACUUGUCAACGUUGUACAUUUGGAACUUUUUUCUUUUUCUUCGCAAAGAAAUCAACUCUAGUACUAUUUUUAGCACGAUUUUUGUAAACGAGAGUAUUAUUACAUGUGUGGGUUGAAGGUGGCGAAUUCAAGGAGCUCCGGCGGAAAGGCGAGUUCGAGGCGGAGGGAUAAGGAGAGGGAGAGAGAAGAUGGGUUGCUGUCGUCACAACUACCGCAGCUGACUAUGCUGUCCGGGUAUAGUAGAGAGGUGGAGAUGUCGGCGAUGGUGUCAGCGCUGGCCCAUGUGGUGGCCGGAGAAGGGAGCGGAGGAGAUUAUGUGAAUCAACCGGAUGUGUUUUUGUGGGGUGGUAGGGAGAAGAGAGGCCGUGAAGAGGAGGAGGGUGGUGGUCUAGGUGGAGGUGGAGGUGGUGGAAGGGUGUCUGAAUCCAUUGCAAGAGGUUCUUCUGGAGCUUAUGGCGACAAAAUUUCAUUUGGUGAUUCAUUAUCAUUUUUGAAAGAAGGUUCAAGUAGCAUGCCAAACAACAUCCCAGCAGCAGCAGCAGCAGAAACAACACAUACAUACACUCCCACAUACCCAAACACCACUAGAGAUUCCUAUCAAGAAGGGGAGCCAAUCCCAAGAAGAAAAUACAGAGGAGUGAGACAGAGGCCAUGGGGGAAAUGGGCAGCUGAAAUUAGAGACCCUCAUAAGGCCACUAGGGUUUGGUUAGGCACUUUCGACACUGCUGAGUCCGCAGCAAGAGCCUACGAUGAAGCAGCCCUAAGGUUCAGGGGCAACAAGGCCAAGCUCAACUUCCCCGAAAACGUCGCACUCCGGCCAUCUCCAGCGGUUUCUGCGGUGGCCCAGUUGGCCAUUUCCGAUCCUUCAAAUACCCUUUUCGCCAUUUCGUCAUCGAGCGAUCCAAUCAUUCAUUCUCAGCCUUCUGAUGAUCAUCACCUGUCGCAGGGGUACGGUGAGAGUUAUAGAGACUACAUGGAUUACGACUAUUCUCAGUAUCAAAGACAAUUACCACCCAUGAGUCUGUUGGACCAAAGGGUAUUUUCAUCUUCAAAUAUUGGUUCUCAUUUUCAAUUUUCUUCUUCUCCAAUUGGGUACAGUGUCCCAUCAUCAUCUUCUUCACCAGCCACUUCUACCCACCCUAUGCUUUUUCCGGCUCAACCGCAAAGUGGACUCAGGCCAGCCGCGGGCAGUAGCACUGCAGAUUUUCCGGCGACAAUGUGGUCAGAUUUCAGUAAUCAGCCCUCUUCUUCAAGAUAAAUUUUGUUUUGCUCUCGGGAGGUUUCUUGGGUGAAUUGGUCGAUUGCAUAUUGGGAUUGUUUCACUUUUUUUCAAAUUUAAUUUUGUUUCUAGCUUAGGAUCAUUUUUACAUCAUUAUGUACUUAUUGUGUUUAUAUUACUCAAAACUAGACACAUAACAAUCUCAUUUGACGAUGCAAGCCAUUCAUUUUGUUAA